AUGGGAAACGUUCCUGCUAAAGAGUCUCCUCCCAACAGUGGGGGCAGGUCUCGCUCCAGCACAUAUCUGGGCUCUGGUGGUGGUCCCUUUGGCCCAAAUGGCAGUUCCUCUUCCGCUAGGAGGAAUACCACUUCAUCGGCUUAUCAUCAAUCUGGUGGAUUCCUUAACGGGAUAGCUAACGCUAACGAUAAGCGACUGAAGAAGACGGAAGAAAAGGAUAGAUUGCAUAGAAAGCACUUGUUGGGGCUAAUCGUCCGAUACACGGAAAAUGUCGACGGAGGCUAUUUAGCUCCAUUUGGUACGUACAAAUCUAAUCUAGACUACAAUUGCGACAUAGUUCGCGGGUUAAUAAUGAAGAGACGUUUAGCUCCAUUUUAUACACCUUUACAAGACUUCGACGAAAGUUGGACAAAUGAGGAAUUAAUUGUCAUCUUGAAUCAGUUGCCCUUGCACCUGAUUGAAACUGCAUACUCGAACGAGGAAGAAGAAGAUGACAUUGAUAACCAUAAGAUACAUAAGCUGACAAACUUUUACCGUAGACAAGAGCAAAAGGCAAAGCUAAAGGAAUUAAUGUUACAAAUGAAGCAAAUUCAAAAGGAAGAAGAAAAUAAAUACUUAGAGAUCAAGUCAAGCAGCUCUGUUGGCCAACGUCUGGUUGAAUUAUCAUCGAACGAUCUUUUACUUAGGCUUUACCGAAAUGCAACUGAAUGUCCAAUCUGUUUCUUAUACUAUCCUGAGAAUAUGAAUAUUUCAAGAUGCUGUCUUCAACCUAUUUGCACGGAAUGUUUUGUUCAGAUAAAGAGAUUGGAUGCACACCCUCCUCACGAUGAAGAACACAAUAGUAGAACUAACAAUGAUAGUGAAGAUUUGCCUCAUACUUUAAUAUCGGAGCCAGCACAUUGUCCUUACUGUGCCAGUUCGGAAUUUGGAGUUACAUACGAACCUUCACUUGAUAUAUGUACUGGCUUUGGAGGCAUAAAACCGGGAAAAUUCAGAUCAGUGGACGAAAGUAAUGACGAUGCGAUAGCUUCGUCUUCGACUUCACCAUCACCAGUUUCGCCUCGAAAGGCAGUAAAGCCUAGAAGAAAGAGUUCUUUAGCUAUCAACACACCGGGAGUAAUAUCUAUCGAUAUGAUCAGACCAGAUUGGGAAGCGAAGUUGGCAUCUGCAAGGAACAAGCUAGCUAGGAAGGCAGCUACUGCCAGUGCUAUACAUGCGUCCAAUUUGAUUAUGAAUGCAGAUGAGGAUUCGUAUAGCCCAAGUGAUUCCAGGAGGAAUGUGGGCAGUAGUGCAUUAAGUAACGUUGAACAAAGAAUGAUUGAGGAAGCGUUGAGAUUGAGUCUUUUAGACGAAGAGGAAAGAAGGGCAAAGGAAAGAAGGGAAGAAAGAAAAUAA